AUGGAGGCUGUUGGAUCCGCAUCAGCAAUCAUUGGGAUUGCAACAACCGGGAUUCAAUGCUCCAUCAAGCUACUUACGUUUGCGGACCAAAUCAAGUCCGCCCCGGCUGAGAUCACAAAUAUUGCUGAGGAUAUCUCAGUUAAUGCUAGUACUUUGCAGCAGUUGGGUGGACUAGCUGACAAGACGCUAUUUCACACACAAGCAGCAACCGAUACCAACACCAACAACAGCAUCAGCAAUGGAAAUGCACGGACGGUCAAUCCUGAGGCCAUUGAUUAUAGCGAUACGGAAGGCCAUGAGCCACAGAACGGAAUAUUUAACGCAGCCGGCUUUGCGAUCGUCAUGAAUCUCGCUUCAAAAUGUAACGCUAUCUUCGAAAGGCUCGAAGAAGGACUGAGGAAGGCGAGUAAGCAGCUGAGGGCAAAUCCUCAAAGCAAAGAUCCCAUCAGACUUAGUCCAGCUGAAAUGGUGAAAUGGCCAUUCUUCAAGCCCCAAAUGGACGCCAUGAGGGCAGAACUACGCGAUGCAAAGGGAACUCUGAUGCUCAUGCUUCAAGUUGCGAUGCUACGCUACUCGAAGAAGGUUAUGGAGGGUUGGCAUGCCACGAGAACAAGUCUGAUCGCAUAUUCCGAAGAGGAUCAGUAUCUGCUGAAAAGAUCGAUCGUAGCUGCGGAGAGAGCUCGAAUUGAUAUCGCGAAACACCGAGAUGAUACUUUGGCUGGAAAUCGAACCGCUAGUGUGACGGAGAGGGACACCGUCGAUGAGAACUUUCAGUCUCUAGAGAUGACCACUACGGUGGCAGUUCCAGUUCAAUUGCGACGACCUCACAAUCUGGGAAAUGAUACUAGUCGGGGAAUGCCACAAGUCCCACCCGUCGAAGUCAAGAAUUUGAACUGUCAGCCCCGUCGAGAUAUUGGUUUCUGUUCUGCACAUACCGAUCCAAGUGACCCAAACAAAGUCAACGCUACAGACGGCGAAAUUGCAUCUAUCAGCUUAGCCUCGGAUGCAUCACUUGGUGUGUACAUAUUAAUACCUAAGGUUCAGAUAAGGCAUGGGAAACCGCACGUCGAAUACCAAGUCCGAAGUGUGAAAGUCCCACGCCAGGGUAUUGACUCUCAGAUCGAUCAGUGGAAGAAUUCGUCGAAUAGGACAGUACUCAACCAACUUCUUGCUCUGUCGGCCGAUGAACAACAGGCACUAGAUGCACUCAAUAUUGAUGGUGGCCAUGGAAACAUCACGGACGCCGAUGCAAUAGAAUUCAUACAUUUCGGUGAGCUCUUUCCUGUUGACGGAUUUGAUGAUAUCCGAGCAAGAAGAAGUAUCACGUUCAUCAUGAGACUCAAGCACCCAUCUACAACGGCUGAAGAGAGAGAGACGAAGUCUCAGGUCCCUGAAAUACAAGAAGACAUCACUAUCGAAGCCAGAGUACCUCGGCACCGUGUUUCUCCAGAGAGUCUAAGCGCAUAUGGCUUACCUUGGAGAUGGGAUGAGUCUGAUUACGACUAUGUGGUCGUCGAUAGGUCUAUGUUCAAUCACUUCCAAGAGGAUUUAUUGGCACACACGCGACGGCUUGGGGUUCACAGCUAUAUAGCGGCUAUUGGUGACAGUUUACUAGAGGGUGGAGUUAUUUACCAUAAAAGACACAGGCGCUCCGGGCUUUUGUUCCAGCUGGGAAAAUUAUCGAGAGCUAUUGGUUCUAAACUGAAGCCAAAGCUGAAGCCAGACACUACUCUCUUACCUCCUGCCCGGGUGGAGGAGGAAGUUAAUCUCGAUCGCACUUCGCAUGGCCAAGUCUUGGAAAAUGGAAUCGGGUCUUCCCUCAACGAACCUCAAUUUCAUGUUAUCUGGGAGGAAGUCGAUCCCAAUGCCUGCUCCAUGCCAUCUAUUUCGGAGACGUGCUAUACCAGAAGACAUCCUCCAGUCCCAGUUGUGACUGGGUCAAUGAAUGGUGAACAGGAGUCAAGUGAAGAGGAAGUGGAAGGGAUAGUGAGAGAGCUUUUGGAUAGAUAUACGGCUGCAUGA